AUGUUGUACAAAAGAAGGUGCAGGUCCCCACUCCAUUGGGAUGAGUUUGGAGAAAGUAAACUUCUUGGGCCGGAUGUUGUUCAACGUACUAAUGAGGCUAUUCAAAAGAUCAGGGCUCCAAUGGUCACAGCUCAAAGCAGACAAAAAUCUUAUGCAAAUCUGAGGCGAAGACAUGUUGAAUUUGAGGUUGGUGAUCACGUGUUUCUUCGUGUGACACCACGGAAAGGAAUAGCGGUGAAAAGGUUUGGCAAGAAAGGGAAGUCGAGUCCCAGGUUCGUCGACCCUUUGGAGAUAUUGGACAAAGUUGGUAACGUGGCUUACAGGGUAGCCUUACCACCAUCAUUAGCCGGGGUGCACAAUGUGUUUCAUAUGUCACAACUUCGUAAAUAUGUGUCAGAUCCGUCACAUGUGCCAAGCUAUGAGACUUUGGGUUUGCAGGAAGAUUUGUCUUUCGAUGAGCGUCUAGUGAAGAUUCUUAAUCGGAAGGACAAGGUUCUAAGAAAUAAAACUAUUUCCUUAGUGAAAAUGAUGUGGAGGAAUAGUGUUGUUGAGGAAGCAACAUGGGAGCUCGAAUCAGAUAUGCUACAGCAAUAUCCGAAAUUGUUUCAGUAA